UUUUUAAACAAUUCUUACUUCAGCUGUAAAUUUACACAGACAGACGAAGAGCCUCAGCUCGAAAUCUCAUCGCGACGGCUCGUGAUAUCGCAAGCGGCAUUAUUUUUAGACUGAAAAAAAAGCGUUCUGAGAUACAACAUGGAGUCGCCUCCUGAUCCGACGAGCGAGCCGGGUAAGAGCGCCUCUGAGGCGGCGAGCGCGGUCAGGGAGAGUCCGCUGAACCUGGACGCUCUGCGGAAAGCCGAGCACCAAGCGCCCGUGCGCAGACACAGCUGCUCGAGCACUAACAGAGGUAUUUCAGUAACAAAGAAGACACACACUUCUCAAAUUGAAAUUAUUCCCUGCAAGAUCUGUGGAGACAAAUCAUCAGGCAUCCAUUAUGGUGUGAUAACAUGUGAGGGCUGUAAGGGUUUCUUCAGGAGGAGUCAGCAGAGCAAUGCGGCAUAUUCGUGCCCACGUCAAAAGAACUGCCUGAUCGACCGCACCAGCCGAAACCGCUGCCAGCACUGCAGGCUGCAGAAGUGUCUGGCCGUGGGCAUGUCACGGGACGCGGUGAAGUUCGGGCGCAUGUCAAAGAAGCAGCGGGAUAGCCUGUACGCUGAGGUGCAGAAGCACCGUCUCCAGCAGCAGCAAAGGGAGCAGCAGCAGCAGCCGGGUGAGGCCGAGCCACUCACACCCACUUACGGUCUCUCAGCAAACGGCCUCACUGAGCUUCAUGACGACCUGAGCGGCUACAUGGACAGCCACACAGCUGACGGCACCAAGCCUGACUCGGGUGUCAGCAGCUUCUACCUGGACAUCCAGCCCUCACCCGACCAGUCCGGCCUGGACAUCAACGGCAUCAAGCCCGAGCCAAUCUGCGACUUCACGCCAGCCUCAGGCUUCUUCCCAUACUGCUCCUUCAGCAACGGCGAGACCUCCCCCACCGUCUCCAUGGCCGAGCUAGAGCAUCUGGCCCAGAAUAUCUCCAAGUCCCACAUGGAGACAUGUCAAUAUCUGAGAGAGGAGCUGCAGCAGAUGACCUGGCAGGCCUUCCUUCAGGAGGAGAUGGAGAGCUACCAGAACAAGCCCAGAGAAGUCAUGUGGCAGUUGUGUGCCAUUAAAAUCACAGAGGCCAUCCAGUACGUGGUGGAGUUCGCCAAGCGUAUCGAUGGCUUCAUGGAGCUCUGUCAGAAUGAUCAGAUUGUGCUGCUCAAAGCAGGCUCUUUGGAGGUGGUGUUUGUCAGAAUGUGUCGUGCCUUUGACCCUCAAAACAACACAGUCUAUUUCGAUGGAAAGUAUGCCGGCCCUGAUGUGUUUAAGUCAUUAGGUUGUGACGACUUGAUCAGCUCCAUCUUUGAGUUUGGGAAAAACUUGUGUUCUAUGCACCUGUCUGAGGACGAGCUCGCCCUGUUCUCAGCAUUUGUGUUGAUGUCUGCAGACCGCUCCUGGCUCCAGGAGAAGGUGAAAGUAGAGAAGCUACAGCAGAAGAUCCAGCUGGCCCUUCAGCACGUCCUGCAGAAGAAUCACAGAGAGGAUGGCAUACUAACAAAGUUAAUAUGCAAAGUGUCGACCCUGCGAGCACUGUGCAGCAGGCAUACAGAGAAGCUGACCGCUUUCAAAGCAAUAUACCCGGACAUUGUGCGUACCCAUUUCCCGCCCUUAUACAAGGAGCUCUUUGGAUCAGACUUUGAGCAGUCCAUGCCUGUGGACGGGUAGCGGCCCCUUCGUCCGGCCCACUCUGAGGGGCCACAAACACCGUGGGGAAUGUCGAGCAUGAAUCUGAGACACUUUACCAGUGCCCUGCACAUACACACAUACACAGCACAGACACAUACACAAACAAAAAACAGGACAGCUUACCUGCUGCACACACUUUCCUUUUUUUGUUGUUGUUGUGGUUGAUGUUGUUGUUGUUGUUGUUUUCCUUCGGGAGGGGGGUACAGCAAGAUAACUUUUAUUUGGAGGGUUGAUUUUGUGAGGUUUAUCUCCUUCUUUUUUGACACAAGUGGGAUUGGGAGGGCCCCAGGGAAAGGAUGAGGAGAUGAAGAUGCUUGUUCUCUCUCUCUCUCUCUCUCUCUCUCUCUCUCUUUCUCUUUCUUUCUCUCUCUGGCUGAACCUGAAGCGCUCAUGCAUACGACUCCAGAAUGUUCCCAUGAUGAUUUCCCCAAAAUAUCACCAGAAAUGGUGUUUCCUACAAAACGUACUAUUGUAACAAACCUUUAAAUUCUUUAUAGAAGUCAAUUAUUAUUUUUGACCAUUCUGCAAAAUUGGACUGAAUUUUUAAAAAAAAAGUUAUAUUGUAUAAAAAUAAGAAAUCAGUAAGCCCUAAUAAUUCAGAUAAUUCCAUUCCCGGACUUAAAAAAAAAAAAAAAAAAGAACAUGCUUGAAUUGUGACCAGUGCAGUAGACAUGUGCUAGUUUUCAUCUCUCUACUCUUUCUAUCUUUUGCUGGGAAGCUGCUGCUCAGAAUGUAAACCAGCAGUUAAAGAGGUCAAAAGAGAAGCACCAGAUGAAGAGAGAGAGGGUGAACAGGAGAGCGAAGGAGAGAAAGAGAAAACAUGGGGCACGUGGAGCGGAGCCGUCUGCAUGGGGUAUCACGAAACUGACGCCUUUCUAAGGACAAUCGUUAAAAAAAACAAUAGAGAGAAGAAAGGAGAAAAAAUAAAUAGAAUUCUGGUAAUUCUAGUUUUUAAAAAAUGCAAUUACUUUUAGUUGUCGAGCACUUCAUCCAGCGUGGUUGCUUAGUGAGAUCCUAUAAGGCCAUCUGCUAUUAAAUCUUUUUUCUGGACAGAUUAUGGCAGUUUAACUGAGCACACCGCCACAACGCAAGGGUCCAUUCCACCUGUUUUCUAAAUGUGCUACAGGGUAUACGGUCAUAAGUACUUACUAUACAGAAAAGAAAAGUAAUGUUUAUAGAAUCUAUUUUAAAUAACAUGUAUGAUAAUAGUAGCUAGACUAUUCUUAAUUGUCAAGAAUUGAUAAGGCACUUUUAUUUGCACCUUUCUUUAAUUUAAGACUUGUAUAUUUACCUAGUGAUGUGUUGCAUGUGCAAACAGAAAUACAAGCGAAAAACCACCGACUCACAGAGGCUACAUGCUGGAAGCUCCUACAGGUGUGUGUGCGUGUGCGUGUGUGUGUGUGUGUGUGUGUGUGUGUGUGUGUGUGUGUGUGUGUGUGUGUGUGUGUGUGUGAGGAUAAGAUCAGUGCUGGGUAAAGGCUGACAGAGGUGUGCUAAGUUUCAUUUGGUUUUCAGCUCAGAUCUGUUUUAGCGCUUUACAGAACGAGAAGUGUGUGCAAGGCUGAACCUGAUCCUAGAUCAGCAUGUUCUACAACACUGCCAGUCUGCAUCUCACCUUGUCUGAAGAUGUCGUGUUAGCAAGCUUGAACUUCCUUUAGGCACAAUGCUCAGUUUCAGGACAAGUAUAAAGCACAAUAGUUAAAUCAUUUCCAUGAACGUGUGUGGAAAACAGGUGCUGGGGUUUAGAAUCAUAAAUCUUCACCAUAUUAAGGCACAAGUCAAUGGUUCCACCUAGUGGUGAAGAUUUCAGUAUACAGCAUCUCAGUAUCUUCUACUAUAACUUGAGUAUUCAUGUAUUAAUGAUACAGCAUGCAGACUUUCCUGUGUUAAUUCUGCUUUUGUAGAACAGAGACUUGAGUUGAACUGAGCUUUUUGUUCUCACACAGCAUCUCUGCAGCAGCCUUUGCCCAGCUGUACUGCUAGUAAGGAGACAGUAAAGAAUAAGAAACAUAUUCAAAGCCUUGUCUGGUAGUAAAACUUCUAUUUUUCUAAUCUGUACAGUGCAUAAGCUGAUGAAAGAAGGAGAGGGAGAGAAAGAAAGUGAGAUUAUAAAGCACUUAUUCCUGCAAUAAUUCGAUUUUUGUGUCUUUCCAUUUUUUUUUUUGUCAAAAACAAUAGUAUUAUUAGUGUUAUUAUUUCCCCCCUGAAUGCGUAAUUGUUGUCUGAUUGUCGAGUCUAAGCCCUUCAAGUGUGCCAUAGCAGUUUCUCCUAAUCUUGAGUCCACAGAACAUUCCAGUGAAAUAAUAAUGUGACUCUUAUUAAAUGCAAACAUGAUACAGAAACACCACACCGAUUAUCCCUCGAACAAACAUUUCUGCUAGUUGUUAGUCAAUCUGUAGUCACUUCUAUUCGCUACACCACCUUUUCUCAAUGCUCCUUAUACAAUAUACAGUGUAUUUUCCUCAGGGAAGAGUUGUACUUCUAACUCUGUUUGACUCAGUUAACAUUCAUUUUGAUGAGAUGAUGAUAAUUGGUCCUGCCCUCCAUUAUUUGCUGUACCUACAUUCUCAAUAUAGCACAGUAACGUUAACAGGGUCAUUAAAUGCACGGCUCAUUAAACAACAUUACAGUAUAACGUUAAAAUUAGACCACAGGUUUAUUACCACCGAGAACCUGUUUCGAUAAUCACAUCACUUCGAUUCAGUGCAUCUACAACAUAUUUGAUUGAUUGUUGCUGGCCAGAGAUGUUGAAUUUACACAAAAACAUCCAUCAAAGCUGUGAAUGACAAUCCAGCAGAACAUUUCAAAUUGGCAGCAUGUGGACUUAAAUACCAAAUGCUCAGGGAGAACAUUUUACUAAAAAAAAAAAAUUUAAAAAAACACAAAAACGGGGCAGACCAUUUUGUAACGUAGCAACAUCACAUUUUCUCUUGUUGGUGUUUUGAUUUGAGUGUUUAGGGUUUUUUUGUUUGUCUUUUUUCUUUUUUUUUUUUUUUUGGAAGUACUUCUCUGCUGGUCAGUGUGUAAGAUUCAUCAUCUCUUCUCAUGCACUUCUCACAUGUAAAAGAUCCUACACAUCUCAUCACAUCUCAGAAAUGUAGAAAACAACAGUUUAAAAUGGUCUCGGUGCACUCGCGUUACGCUACCAACAGGGUCCAGCAUUAUACAAAAACAAGCAAUGAGCUCUACCAUCACCCCUUUUAGUGUAACUUUCACAUAUAUUGUAUGAGUCUAUGUGCCAAAUACCUCUUGUAGAAUUAGCUCCACUAGCAGACUCUGCCCAUGAGCCAGGAGUGCGUCAUGUUACUAAUACGGGUUUCGACAGGGUAGCCACUGUAGUGGAGUUCCCUCUGAACAAGCUUUGAUACGCAGAAGACUGUUGCAAUUCUGUCCUUUUCAGUCUACUUGAUCCAUAUUGUGGUGUCCUAGUGAAUCCUAAUUACAACGAUACCCGUUUGCACCGUUAAAAAAGCUGUACUGAUUUCUUUUUUUGUUGGUCAGUGUAGUUUGUUUUAGGUAUUAAAAGCAAUACAGGCUGUAAAGUAGAAACUUUGGACAAAUUUAUUUUUUCAAUCAAAAGUACUGAACCAUCUCUGGAUUUGUAGUAUUGACAUAUUGAUGUACAGAUAAAUGCUCUCGCUUGUGAAAAGAUCCGGUUGUGCAUCAUAGGUUUCCAUGUUGUGUUGUGUUUCUGCGUGUCUUGAGCUCUUUCUACCCUCUUUGUUCAAUUUGUAAGAAGCAAUAUGUGUGUGUGUGUGUGUGUGUGUGUGUGUGUGUGUGUGUGUGUGUGUGUGUGUAAAAGUCAAACCCCAGACAAGGCUUUAAUACAGUAGAUAAGGAGCAGCAGGGUCAGCUGGUGAAGUAAAUGGAUAUCUUAGUUUUCCCAGGUUUUUACACACUCUUAGUAGCAAGUUUGAGCUCAUCCAUCAGGCUGGACAAGCAUGACACAGUGCACGCCAUUAUCUUAUUAAAAAUCCUUCACACCAACAUUAUGCAAUCCUGCCACUGAUGGGCCUAUGCAGUCUCAAAUACCACAGAAUGAGUUUACACUGUACCAUCGUAAUAACUCCGCCGUUCUUUCUUAGCGAGGGCACUUCGACUGCCAGAAGCCAUUUGAAUAAUAUUCACCAUGUUUUAAUACAUGGAAUUAACGUGUGAUGUCAUGCUUGUGACGCCAUUUUGAAUUGAAGGCGAAAGUGUUAUUAAGAUGUAUAGAUUAGCAUCAUUUUCAUUGCAUUUUUUUUUUUUUUAAUGUGACCUUUUAUCCCGAAAGCACAGCUAAUAAAGUGAGGUAUGUUUUAGAAUAUAGACCGAAAGACAAAAAAAAGACAAACAAAAAAAAAAAAAACUUUAGCCAUAAUCGAAUGUCAAGCAAUAAUAUAUAUGGUAUAUUAUUAUUAUUAUUAUUAUUCAUCUUUGUGCAUAGGCUUUGGACACCUGCAUGUAAAUACACUUCUUAUUUAUCACAUUUUGUUUCUCUCUCUCUCUCUUUCUCUCUCUCACUCACUCACACACACUCACACACACUCACACACUCUCUCUGUCUCUCUCUGAUUUUGGUUUUUGUUUUCGUUUUGUUUCGUUUGUAUAUUUGACUAGUUCUGUUCCCAGGUGGAGAACUAAGAACUUCAUAUGUCCUGUAAACUGUACAGCUUGAUUUCACUCCCUUUCUCUCUCCCCGUCAGCUUUCUGCUUUUAAUUCACUAUAUUUAAUGUUAUUAUUGAUCACAUGUAUAAAAGUAACUUUGUAACAUCUGUCUGUAUAGGUUAAAAAAAAAAAAGAAAGAAAGAAAGAAAAUACUGCUAUUAAGACCUACUCAGUGCAAAUAUUUAUCUGUUUAUUGGAUACAUCAUGCUGUACAGUAUCUCUGUUUUAGUAUACUUCUCUCUUUUAGAGUUAGUUUGAUAGCGGUAGGCCGUGCUGACAUUUAAUUUUGUGUUAAACUGACGUGUGGUGCUAGGUAAGUUACUUUCGUGAACAAAAAAAAAAUAAACAUGCAAACUCUUGAUUCAUAGACAAGGCCACAAGAUUAGUUCAUUCAUUUCACUAAGUAUUGAUGCAUUCUUGAUAUUAGGACUCAAUAAACGAUAAGAAUAACGAUAAAGAAUAACGAUAGUGGUUAAAUUUACUUUAAAUCCCCGGCAAGUGCCUGUAUCAGUGUGCUAGGCUCGGGUUUGCGCUCUUGUUUCCUUCUCACUUUAAGACUAUAAGUAAAAGCGGUAUCAUCUAAUUAAGAUGCUAUUAUUAAACGUCGCAUUUCUGAUUUGUCACUAUUUAAAAAAAUGUUUAAGCUAAAGAAAAGCAGUAUUGUGUCGAUCCUUUUUGAUUGUGAGAACCACUGCCUAGAUUUGCUUAGAUUUUUUUGCAAACGCAACGCCUACUGGUACUUGGCUCAGAAUUCCUACGCUAGGGAAUAAAAUGCUUUAGAUUACACGCUACCCAGACACGAGAGAGCACAUAUUGGAUGAUUUCUAGAAUUAUUGGCAGUCUCAUUUUAGGUCCUGUUUAUUUUCCGACUUGGCCUAGACUACACCUUUGUGCGUAUUUAUUUUUUUCUGCGCUAACGUAUACGACGUCACUGUCUAUAAUUAAGCUUAAUUAAGCGCACACACUGUGGCUUAAGCGUGAAACGUGCAAGAGGUUGAAAUUGUCAGCUGUAGGUUCAUAUUUGCUCAAAUUGUUCUGUUCCUCUGUAGCAAGUAUGACAGCUAUCCUCGCAAUAAUACACAAACAACACCACUGAGUGCCUCUCAGUGGUCCAGGAUGCAGAAAUGACAUAGUUUUCACUGUUCACUCUAUAGUCAAAUGGUCAUGUAUUUGCACAUGUAGGUGAAUUCUAUCCAAAUUCUUCACAUUUUUUUUUUCCUUUCAAUGUAACUGUUUUGUACUUUUGUUUUCUUGACCACGUGAAACAUUUUCCCACCGCUUAUAGUUUUCCAUAUGUUUUAUGUCGCAAACUGUUCUUGCAAUGCACAGUCAAUCUUCCUUUCCUCUGUUACCUUUCUGCUGACAUGAAUAUAACCUUGUGUAAUAACAGUAAAACAUGCAUUCUGGAUGUUUUAUUUUCAGACCCUGUUUUUUGAGCAUAUUGUAAAGGACAAUCCACUCGGUGUUUCCGCCCUACUUUACAAUACUUCCAAUUUCUGUUCGUUAUUGCAGACGAAUGACUAAUGCAUUGGAUUUUAAGUAUUCACAUGUGUAUGUAAGAUAUGCAUAAAUACACGUUUAGAUUUUGUUCCUGUUGUGUGUUUAAACGUGAGCUCGCAGGGGGUCUGGGUUUUACUCCACACACAAGCAGCAUAUACACGGGGAGGGGAAAAUGCCAAGACAAGUUUGUGGUUGUCACAAAUUUUUACAUCACACCUUUGCUACUGAUCUAACCGUGGGGAGAGAUGAUCAUGUACCUUUUUAUCCAGCUAUUUUGAACUCUAUUUAGGAGGUAGUAUCUUCACAAUAAUAGAUUUGCUCCUUCUCUUCGUCUGAUUCUUGAAUAUGAAAAUUAAGUAUUUUGAUUCAUUUUUGUAAAUACAGCUGUAAAGAAAAGUAAGAAAUUUAAUGUUGUCUUUUAAAUACUUUUCAUUCUAAUAUGAAUGUUGUUAUAUUGUACUUAGAAACUGUACCUUUAAUAUUACCUUUAUUAAAAGUGCAUUGGACACAUCGAUUUUAGAUGUGCUUUAUGUGCUGUUAUCCCAUAAUAAAAUUUACCGCUUGUAAUUGGC